UCGCUAGUCGUCUCGAGUCCAAUGUCAUGCUAACGCUCAUUCUGUUACCGCCGUUACUGCAUCUUCACCGCCAACAGAACAGGCACUAACGGAAAGGUUUAUUUGCAAAAAACAAGUCUUUAGUGCUAUUUCUAUUAAUUCUUUAAGUAAUGCAGAAUGGCGACGGGGUUUGGGAAGAUAGUGGUUGGUACUUACGUGGAGAUAAAACGCAGUGAUGGACGUAUACACCAGGCGAUGGUGACAUCACUGAAUGAGGACAAUGAGAGCGUCACAGUGGAAUGGAUCGAAAAUGGAGACACAAAAGGAAAAGAGAUUGAUUUGGAGAGUAUAUUUACACUUAAUCCAGAUGUGGCUCCAAAUGAAGAAAUUGCACCUAGCCCAGAGACGCCACCGCCACCUACACCUGCAUCCGUGAAGGUCAACAAAAUUGCGAAGAACCGUCGCACUAUAGCUCCUUCAAAGAAUGAAAUUCCAUCCAGGGACAAUAAAGUUAUUCCGACCCGGGCUAGAGUCCCUCAGCCACAACAACCAGAGCCAGCACCGCCACCUCCCCCCCAGCAGCCUUCUCAGGUCACACAAGCUCAGACGCAACAGCAGCUUCAGAAUGAAUCCUCACAUCAUCUGAUAUCCAGAAAAGAGUCUGGACAGCUUUCGAGGAGGAAGUCAAACUGUGUGAAGGAAGUGGAGAAACUACAGGAAAAGAGGGAGAGACGUCGGCUCCAGCAACAGGAGCUCAGGGAGAAAAGAGCUCAGGAAGUGGAUACCACCAUCCCCAACUAUGAGAUUAUGUACAUGAUCAGAGAUUUCCGAGCCAGUCUGGACUAUCGGCCCCUGACCGCAGCAGACCUGAUUGAAGAGCACAGAAUAUGUGUCUGCGUGAGAAAACGUCCACUUAACAAGAAAGAGUUGGCUAUGAAGGAUUUGGAUGUGAUCACCAUUCCCAGUAAAGAUGUAGUGAUGGUUCAUGAACCUAAACAAAAGGUAGACCUGACGCGUUACCUGGAGAAUCAGACCUUUCGAUUUGACUAUGCCUUUGAUGACAACACCACCAACGAGAUGGUUUACAGGUUUACCGCCAGACCUCUGGUGGAGACUAUUUUUGAGAGGGGCAUGGCCACCUGCUUUGCAUACGGACAGACAGGAAGUGGAAAAACGCAUACUAUGGGUGGAGAUUUUGCUGGAAAGAACCAAGACUGCUCUAAAGGAAUUUAUGCAUUAGCUGCUCGGGAUGUAUUUCUCAUGUUGAAGAAACCCAACUACAAAAAAUUAGAUUUACAAGUGUACUCAACCUUCUUUGAAAUAUACAGUGGAAAGGUGUUUGACCUGCUGAAUCGUAAAGCUAAGCUGAGAGUGCUGGAGGAUGGCAAACAGCAAGUGCAAGUUGUGGGGCUUCAGGAGAAGGAGGUCAGGUGCACGGAGGAUGUCCUGAAACUGAUAGAAAUGGGCAACAACUGCAGAACAUCAGGACAGACUUCAGCCAACGCCCACUCAUCUCGCAGUCAUGCAGUGUUCCAGAUUAUUCUUCGGAGGAAGGGGAAGAUGCAUGGCAAGUUCUCUCUCAUUGACCUCGCAGGAAAUGAGAGGGGGGCCGACACAUCUAGUGCCGAUCGGCAGACACGUCUGGAAGGGGCUGAAAUUAACAAGAGCCUACUUGCACUGAAGGAGUGCAUCAGGGCUCUCGGUCGCAACAAACCUCACACACCAUUCAGAGCGAGUAAACUCACUCAGGUUCUACGAGACUCUUUCAUCGGGGAAAAUUCCCGCACAUGCAUGAUUGCUACAAUCUCUCCUGGUAUGACAUCGUGUGAGAACACACUCAACACGCUUCGUUACGCCAAUAGAGUCAAAGAGUUUGGGAUUAGUCCAUCGGACAUCCCGUUCUCCCAGGGGGGUCGCCCUGAGCACUCACCCACCAAUACAUUUGAGUACGAUGACUUUGCUGCCACUUCUCCCAGCAGAGUGAAGGAGCUGACUGUGGACCCCAACCAGGUGAUGGAAGGCGGACGUGCAAAUAUCCACGCUGUCAACCAGCUCAAUCUUUUAGAUGAAGACUGGCUGAGCAGCUCACCGCAGCGAGACGACCUCAAAUUGCUCUGUGAGCAGAAUGAGGAGGAAGUGUCUCCACAACUCUUUACUUUUCAUGAAGCCGUGUCUCAGCUGGUGGAAAUGGAGGAGCAGGUCCUAGAAGAUCACCGUGCUGUCUUCCAGGAAUCUAUCAGGUGGUUAGAGGAUGAGAAGGUGCUACUGGAGAUGACUGAGAAGGUGGAUUAUGAUGUGGAGUCAUAUGCUACUCAGCUGGAGCAGAUCCUGGACCAGAAAAUAGAAAUCAUCACUGAGCUCCGAGAUAAAGUGAAGUCAUUCCGCUCGGCACUGCAGGAGGAGGAGCAAGCCAGUAAGCAGAUCAACCCCAAGAGGCCACGAGCUCUUUAAAUGCACAAAACUCUUAACCACUAGCAUUUUGAAACAACUCUGCCUUUCGUCAUCAGCUGUGAACUGUAGUAAACCCACAGACUAAAUGCAGUGAUCAGCUGUUCUGCACGUUUUUCAUCUCCUCCUCAUUGGCCGAAUUUGGUGUCCGGCAGCUGCUGAUGAGCUGAACACAGCUGUGAGGAGCAAAAGAUGCAGGUGAUUUGAAGAGCACUGAGUUAAAGGAACAACUGUGGCAACUAGAUUUUCCCCCCCCUCCCUCUCCACUGAGACUGUAGAUUCCCCUCACCGUCUUCUAUUUAAAUUAUUUUCUUUUGUACUUGUUUGUACUUUGUUUGACUGGACUUAUUUUUGACCUGGUUUUCAGAGAUUGUUUUUUGGAGGUUUACAAAACACCAGUAUUCUGGGAUUGCUCUGUAAGUGUAUGUAAAGCCACUGUCCUUCAUUUUCAUGCUUCUAGAUUCUCAGUCCGCAGUGUCGUCUAGUCUCAUCUCUUCUUCGUUUUCUGUAAUUUUGACGGUUUUUAAGAAGCUUUGAACCACACUGAGCUGCUUCUUUUGCAUUUUCUUUCCUCAUGUUCCUGAGGUUUGUACAUGUAGUUUGUUUGUGCCACAUCCAUUGUAUGUGGCAGUUAACUUAAGAACUUAAUGUAAACAUGUUUUCCACCUGUUGUAACUCUUUGAUAUAAAAAUGGAAGUAGAAAAACUAUUAAUAAAUGUAUAGUUAAGAUUAAUGAC